CGUCUCCUCCUCCCUCUCCUCGUCCGGGGCUGCCGGGCGCCCGGCCGCCUCCUGAGGUCAGGGAGCUCCCCGUCCCGCGGAGCGCCCAGCCGCCGCCCGAGUUCCCGUCGCCCAGCAUGUCCGGCACCCCAGACCCGGGGACGAAAUCCACCAAUGUGGUGUACCAAGCUCAUCACGUGAGCCGGAGUAAGAGAGGACAGGUGGUGGGCACGAGGGGAGGAUUUCGAGGAUGUACGGUCUGGUUGACAGGUCUCUCUGGUGCUGGAAAGACGACAAUCAGCUUUGCUCUCGAAGAGUACUUGGUGUCUCACUCCAUCCCUUGUUACUCGCUGGAUGGUGACAACGUGCGCCACGGCCUCAACAAAAACCUUGGCUUUUCUUCUGGAGACCGAGAGGAAAAUAUCCGUCGGAUAGCCGAGGUGGCCAAGCUGUUCGCUGAUGCCGGUCUGGUUUGCAUUACCAGCUUUAUUUCCCCUUUCGCGAAGGAUCGUGAGAAUGCCCGAAAAAUUCAUGAGUCUGCAGGGCUCCCGUUCUUUGAGAUCUUUGUAGAUGCUCCGCUCAAUAUCUGUGAGAGCAGAGAUGUGAAAGGCCUCUAUAAAAAAGCCAGAGCAGGAGAAAUCAAAGGGUUUACGGGAAUCGAUUCCGACUAUGAGAAACCCGAAACGCCUGAACUUGUACUGAAAACCAACUUGUCCUCAGUGAGUGACUGUAUCGUCCAGGUAGUGGAGCUCCUGCAGGAACAGAACAUCGUCCCACAUUCUGUAAUAAAAGGCAUCCACGAACUCUUUGUACCCGAAAACAAACUUGACCUGGCCCGAGCUGAAGCUGAAAAGCUGCCAUCACUGAUAAUUUCCAAGCUGGAUCUUCAGUGGGUUCAAGUGUUGAGUGAAGGAUGGGCUUCACCCCUCAAGGGCUUUAUGCGAGAGAAAGAGUACCUGCAGGCAAUUCACUUUGGCACUUUGCUGGACGGUACCAUCCAACGUGAUGGCGUGAUUAACCUGUCCAUCCCCAUCGUGCUGCCGGUCUCCAAGGAAGACAGAAAGCGGCUGGCGGGGGCCUCCGAGUUCGCCCUGGAGUACAAUGGGCGGAAAGUUGCCAUCCUCCGAGACCCCGAGUUCUUUGAACACAGAAAGGAAGAGCGCUGUGCCCAGGUUUGGGGGACUACCUGUGAGAAGCACCCUCACAUCAAAAUGGUCCUGGCAAGUGGAGACUGGCUAGUCGGGGGAGACCUGCAUGUGCUGGAGAGGAUCAGAUGGAAUGACGGCUUGGAUCUUUACCGCCUAACGCCUCUGGAGCUCAAACAGAAGUUUAAAGAAAUGAAUGCCGAUGCGGUCUUCGCCUUCCAGCUCCGCAACCCCGUCCACAACGGCCACGCGCUGCUGAUGCAGGACACGCGGCGGCGCCUGUUGGAGCGCGGCUACAAGCACCCGGUGCUCCUCCUGCACCCGCUGGGCGGUUGGACCAAGGACGACGACGUGCCCCUGGAGUGGCGCAUGAAGCAGCACGCGGCCGUCCUGGAGGAGGGAGUCCUGGAGCCCAGCUCCACCGCCAUCGCCAUCUUCCCGUCUCCCAUGCUCUACGCCGGCCCGACCGAGGUCCAGUGGCACUGCAGGGCCCGGAUGAUCGCAGGAGCCAAUUUCUACAUCGUGGGGCGGGACCCCGCGGGAAUGCCGCAUCCCGACACCAAGAAGGACCUGUACGAGCCCACCCACGGCGGGAAGGUCUUGAGCAUGGCCCCCGGCCUGACUUCGGUGGAAAUCAUCCCCUUCCGAGUGGCGGCGUACAACAAAGUGGAGAAAUCCAUGGCCUUCUACGACCAGGCCAGGCACAGCGAAUUUGACUUCAUCUCAGGAACGCGGAUGAGGAAGCUCGCCCGGGAAGGAGAAAACCCUCCAGAUGGCUUCAUGGCCCCCAAAGCCUGGAAAGUCCUGACCGAAUAUUACCAAUCCCUAGAAAAGAACAGCUAAAGCGGCUGGCCCCAGCAGCUUCGCCCGGCCUGGCCCUCCUCUCCCUUCUCUCUUCUAAUUAUAGCUCAUUGUUUGCUCCUUGGCUCCAACCGGGCCUGCAGUUCCAAACCAACUGAGAGAUCCAAAAGGAAGCGUCACAACUGACAACCAACUUUUGCCCUGUGGAAAACCACAAUCUCGUACAUUUCUGCUUUCAUUAAUUAUCUUGGAAUGAUGCUAUGCUAGGGCCCCACAUCUCAUUCCAGGGCAGACUGCAGUCUCGUCAGUCAGCCCAGAACAUCACUUCAGGGCAGGGCUGACUGCUUUAGUCUGUACUUCUCAAGUGCCUAAUUAUUUGCCCCACACUAAGCGGGACACUCUAUAAAUACUACUACUACUUCCCAUUUUCCCCAUUGGCUUUCCAACACGGACAAACUUCUUCCACUUAGACCAACCAGGAGCCCGACGUGGGACAAGGACUGCCUGACCCCAGUGCAUAGUACAGCGCUUGGCGCCUAGUAAGUUCGUAGC